CAGCACAUUUCAUACACACUGCUGCAAUCUUGCUCUGCAUGGAAAAACUGGCUCAGCUCUCGAAACGACUCGAGAAAUCAACAAAACCUGGUUAUUUUUCAUAAUUUUGCAGCCAAAGCAACACAUUUUGAAAACAAUUAAAUAAAGCAGAGAAACACAUAAGAAAUAGCAUAUUAACGUCGAUUGUGGAUAAUUUUGGUUUUGGCGUUUUUAUAAUCUAAAGCAGCCAUGGAUCCGGUUAUUGAAGUCGUAGCUUUAUUUCUUGGCUUUGUGAGUUGGAUAAUGGUUGGCAUUGCAAUUCCGAACCGUUACUGGAAAGUAUCCUCGAUAGAUGGGACUGUGAUCACCACCUCAACCAUUUACGAGAAUCUGUGGAUGUCCUGCGCCACGGACUCGACGGGAGUGCACAACUGCCGUGAAUUCCCCUCUCUGCUCGCCCUGUCUGGUUAUAUCCAGGCGUCUCGCGCUCUUAUGAUCGCGGCAGUGGUGUGUGGCACAUUCGGAGUGGUGGCCACCUUCAUCGGCAUGCAGUGCUCGAAGGCCGCUGGUGACAACUACGUACUGAAAGGCAGAAUCGCCGGUACUGGCGGCGCAUUUUUCCUGCUGCAGGGUUUGUGCACGAUGAUAUCAGUGUCAUGGUACGCGGCAAACAUCACUCAAGAGUUCUUCAACCCGCUCUACCCUGGCCAAAAGUAUGAGAUUGGAGAGGGUUUAUACAUCGGCUGGGCCUCUGGUGUUCUUGCCAUCUGUGGUGGAGUCUGUCUCAUGUUCUCCUGCAAAUUAGGCACAAAGGAGAAGAGUUACUACCAGCCCACGCGUGAAACAGUUUACUCAGCAUCCGCAUCCAAGAGAGACGCUCAGAGCACUUAUGGGAGAAACGCCUAUGUCUGAAUGAAGCAAUUGUGGUCAAUUUCAUGGCCAAACAAAAGUAACAUUAAUAGUUGACUGUUAAUAUUCUGUCAAUGUUUUAUCUGUGCAAUUAUGUAAAUAUUUACUGUAUACAGUACUAAAUGCACAAGUGGUUUUGUAGCCACCUAAAAAUAAGCCAUUAAUCAAGUAAAAUGUUACCAAGUCGGUUUUGCUGUGCAAAAACACCUCAGAGAACAUUAUACAGAAUGAAAGAGUUGAAAUUACUUCAGUUUUGAUUUAAGUUUUGAAUUAUUUUGUGUCCGUUACGUGAAUCAAGAUUUAAAAAAAAAAAAAAGAUUUAUAACAUGUUAAUUAUCUUGUCCCCAUUUAUUUGUACAAAUGACCCUGUUUUAUAUGAUGUAUUUAUACAAACAUUAAAUAAACAUGACAUCACACAGUAACUACAACAGUACAACA